AAGUGGCAGACCUGAAGGAGAUGUGCAGCGCGCUGAAGAAGGAAAAGGCAGAGGUGGACAAAAAGCUGAUGCAUAUACGCGGAGCCGGUCACAGCGGUAAGACAGUCCCAGAGCUGGAGAAGACCAUCGGGCUGAUGAAGAAGGUGGUGGAGAGGGUGCAGAGAGAGAAUGAGACCCUGAAGAAGUCCGGGGCGUCGUCAAAUCAAGACAAGAUGUCUGCCCUGGAGCAACAGAAUGACAGACUGAAGACGGACUAUGAGAAACUGAAGAGUGCCGGUGAAGCUGAGCUGAGAUCCAAACUUGAAUCUAAAACCAAAGGACUGGAGAAAAUAGUGAUGGAAAACGAACGUCUACGCAAGGAGAUCAAAAGG